CCCCGCCUUAAAGGAGAGCUCCAGCCGGGCUUCCUAAGGGAGGAGCAUCGGCGUAGUAGAAAGCCUGGGCCUGCUCUGCGUCUCCUUUAAAUGCACAUCACUCCCAGCUCCAUAACUGUGGACACACACACAUCCCUGGGAGUGGGAGGCGGGGGAGCCUAGGCCGGACCGCGGCCCCAGCACCGGCAGCAGCAGGCGGCGGCAGCGGCAGCCCGAGCAGGCGCCGGGAGCAGGCGGCGGCGGCAGCUUCCGCGGGAAUCUGUCCAGGCUUACUCCCCAAGUGCACUCCCACCUUUUGAGAGCCAAGCCUGAACACCUCCAAAAUGGAUGACAAGAAGAAGAGGAGGAGCCCCAAGCCCUGCUUGUCGCAGCCUGCACCCCCUUCCAGUUCUCUGCGCAGGGUCCCAGUCCCUACCAGCCGAAGUGCCUCCUUCUCCUUGGGGCUCCCCCACCUUCCAUCCCCAAAGCAGCGAUCCAAGUUUAAAAGGGUGACCAAGGAGAAGUGCCGCCCUGUGCUUGCUGGCGGAGGGGGAGCCCCAGCAGGCACACCCUUGCAGCACUGUUUCCUGACAGAGGUGACUGGUGUCUAUGAGAUGGAGGGAGGAUUACUCAACCUACUCAAUGACUUCCAUUCUGGACGGCUCCAGGCCUUUGGGAAGGAAUGUUCCUUUGAGCAGCUGGAGCAUGUUCGGGAGAUGCAGGAGAAGCUGGCUCGGCUGCACUUCAGUCUGGACGUGUGUGGGGAGGAGGAGGACGAUGAAGACGAGGCUGAGGCUGAGGGGCUGCCACAGGAACAGAAGAAAACAGUGGCCGAUCGUAACCUAGACCAGCUGCUUAGCAAUCUGGAGGAUCUCAGCAACUCUAUACAGAAGCUGCAUCUGGCUGAGAACACAGAACCAGAGGAGGCUCCCACAGCCUAAGUGGAGGCCCUUGGUUGGGAUCCUUUAGAACUUCCCCAUGAUGGCUGAGGUGAGCAGCUGGCCUCUCUCAGUUCGGAGGGUAUGAGGAAGGCGCCCAGGCCCCUUCAUGACCUUGACUGUGACACCGGCCCUCUGAGCUGCAGGACCCUGGGCCUUCUGAUGCCAGAGACCCAGAGCUCUGACCCUGGCUUGGGCCUCUAGGUCCUCUGACCUCACAUGAUCCUGAGCUCUGACUCAGGCUGUGCCCUCAGGCCUUCUGACUUUACUGGCCCCGAUCUCUGACCCAAGCUGUGAUCUUCGCUGGCCCUACUGGCUCUGUCCAGACUGGGCCUCUGGCAGCUGAAUUAAACGGAAAAAUGGACGGGUG